ACCCUUGACCAUCCCUUCCUUGAGGCCUUUUGUAUUGAGUUCGGAUAUUCAAUGCUGAUCCAGCUGCAACGUAGUUCUGUUGCCUCCAUUCCCUGCAUAUCCUGAUCAAUAUCCUCAGAUGGCUCAGAAGGUAGUCUUGAAGAUAAUGACCAUGAAUGAUGAAAAGACAAAGAAGAAAGCCCUAGAGGCUGUUGCCAACAUUUACGGCGUUGAUUCAAUUGCGGCGGACUUGAAGGAGCAAAAGCUGACUAUCAUUGGCGAGAUGGACGCGGUUGCAAUAGCCAAAAGACUGAAGAAAAUAGGGAAAGCAGAGAUUGUUACAGUGGGACCAGCUAAGGAAGAGAAGAAAGAUGAGAAAAAAGAUGAAAAUAAAGAUGAAAAGAACUAGUUUCCCCUAGACGGCUAGUCCUUACUCUUUUCUGUAUUAUCAAUAGAAAUCGAAGAGUGUGUUGUUUGUUUAUCCUUUAGCUUAGCUAUGACUAAACAUGCCACCAUAUUCCAUCAAUAAUCAUCUGUUAGUUACUUUUGAGUAAUCAAAUGCAAUUCAAAGUUAAAAAUCGAUGUAUAAUUUCA